AUGGCAUACAAGAAGGUAGCUAUCGCAGGAGCCACCGGCAACCUCGGUCCCUCCAUCGUCAAUGAGUUGGUCAACCAAGGCUUCGAAGUCACUGUUCUCACAUCCUCUGGCAAAACUUCCGGUCUACCAUCAGCAAUCAAAGUCAUAAAAGUCGAUUUCUCCUCUCAAGAGUCCCUAGUAUCUGCUCUGAAGGGUCAAGAAGCCUUUAUUUCAGCCAUUCCCAAGCAUGAAGAGCAGCCUGCUCUGAUUGAUGCUGCCAUCGCUGCUGGCGUACAGAGAUUCGUCCCUUCAGAGUUUGGCAGUAACAUUGUCGGCAAUGAGAAAGUUCGUGCUCUGCCUGUCUUCGCUGGUAAAGUCAAGACGCAACAGUAUCUUCGCGAAAAGCAGGACCAGAUCAGCUAUACUAUUAUCACCACUGGAUUGUUCCUCGACUGGGGCAUCGGUCUGGGCUGGCUCGUCAAUCUAAAGGGCAAGACACAAAUCAACGACAACGGCGACAGUGCCCACAGCUUCACACUUCUAAGCGACAUCGGCAAAGCUGUCGCUGGUAUCCUCAACCACCCAGAAGAAACCAAGAACCGUGGAGUUUACGUUCAAACCGCUGCUCUUAGUCAAAAUCAAGCCUUGAAGAUCGCGCAAAAAGUU